GCUUGGUUGAUGGCUACCGGGCCUACGGAGAUGUUCCUUUGGCCACGCCAGCAAAGGUGGAAACAGAGAAGCCAGUCCCCAGACGUGCUCCCAAGAGAAAGCGCUGUCCAGAAAGGUCGGACAAAGACCUGUGUUGCCCCAGACCCAAAAUCCAGCGAUUGCAGCAUUCAAGCAGCUCAGAAAUACAAGCAGCAGUGGCUCCCGUUUCUCGUCCUACACCUGGUCACUACCAUGUCCUCUACCGAUGGCGUGGAGAAACGCAGUUGGGCUGGCAUGGAGAGACAUACUACCUGGUUGGUGGCUUCCGGGCCUAUGGUGCAGCAGGUACACCCAGACCGGGCAACUCUACAGGAGGUAUGAUAUACACACAACCUCACCUGGCUGGCACAUGUUCCUGUGGGGGUUGCCAACUACGAACAGCUGAGCACUUUCCCAGAUCAGCAGCAGUGGCUCCCGUUUCUCGUCCUACACCUGGUCACUACCAUGUCCUGUACCGUGGGUGUGGAGAAUCGCAGUUGGGCUGGCAUGGGGAGACAUACUGCCUGGUUGGUGGCUACCGGCUCUACGGGGAUGUUCCUUUGGCCACGCCAGCUAAGGUGGAAGCAGAGAAGCCAGUGCCCAGACGUGCUCUGAAGAGAAAGCACUCACCGGAAUGGUCGGACGAAGACCUGUGUUGCCCCAGACCCAAAAUCCGGCGAUUGGAGCUUUCAAGCAGCACAGGAAUACAAGCAGCAGCAGUGGCUCCCGUUUCUCGUCCUACACCUGGUCACUACCAUGUCGUCUACCGCGGGUGUGGAGAAACGCAGUUGGGCCGGCAUGGGGAGACAUACUGCCUGGUUGGUGGCUUCCGGGCCUACGGGGAUGUUCCUUUGGCCACGCCAGCUAAGGUGGAAGCAGAGAAGCCAGUCCCCAGACGUGCUCCGAAGAGAAAGCACUGUCCGGAAAUGUCGGACGAAGACCUGGGUUGCUGCGGACCCAAAAUCCGGCGAUUGUAGCAUGGUGCCAGGAGGCGGACCCCACAGAAUCUUGCAGGUGAUCCAUCCUGAAGAGAAGGCAAUGGUUUAAAUGCCUAAGGCAGCGAAUGCCUCUUCCUGCACUGACCGCCACUCCCCACCACCACUGCCCACUGCCACAGAUUAGAACCUGCAUCUUUUUGUCUGAGCCUUCCCCAGCCAGGAGCCUCCUUCUAUACUAAAUGGCCAUAAGCCAGGAGCCUCAGAAACUGAGGUUUGUAAUGAGAGUCUGCCCUGAACAUCCCAGGGCUGAAGCUGGCCUGGAAGAAACCCUGACGUUCCUCUGCUUAAUCCUCAAGGGCCCCUUUGUGAGCUGAAGAAAGAAAAGUCUAGAAAAAACGGAUACCUGGGAGGGGAAGAUGGCGGAAGGGUAACACGCGGAGAUCACAUUCCUCCCCACAGAUACACCAG